UGCUGACGGGACACCCAGCAGAAACGAAAGUACAUCGAUCGCCCGACUUUUCCGCCAUGGACGACGACGUUCCAGUAUCCAGAGCACACACGAAGACACUUGACCCAGCAUAUCUGUCCAAAGAAAUCUUCUGUAAACCAUCCAAGCCGUGUCAAGAUAUUAUCACUUGGGCGUGGCUAUAAUAACGGAGGAGAUCCCAGUGCCCUUCUGGGCUUCUCUCCAGGUCAGGUCUGUGACUUGGACAUGCUUGAGGGGCUCAUCAAGAAGGCAGAAGCAGCGUCGGACUUCGUAUGGACGGUGGCCAAAUACAUAUGCGAGGAGCUUUCAUUGCUUUGGCCCCAGAAACUGAAGAAGGAUUCGUAUGACGACGAUACCGCGAAGAAAAAGACGGUCCAGGAAACGGAGUGCGAUUGAUAUUACGACCCAGCGAGCGAAGCACGUGUGUGUUCUAAGAAAGUCGGGCCCCAUCACGAAGACCCCGACCUCAUCGGCUGGCUCGACUUUACAGUCGACAUGCAACGCACGCCUUACGGGAUCUGGUUCAAUUCCCCUGGCGGACACAAGUGAGUGAAAACGGGGGAUCGGUUCAUAAUCAGCACCGAGAAGCCGGAAACCCACCCUCUUCCCAGCAUCGAACUCCUUGGUCUUCGAUUUCAUCUCCAGAUAUUGGCAGUCAUGAGCGCAGCAGGUACGGAUGAUAACCUAAAGAUCAUUGAAGACGACGAGGAUUGAGCCCACGAUAAGAGCUGAUAAUAUGCAACGUAUGUUGACCACGAACCGUUGUCAGCCUCUCAUUCCGCCGCUCCCCUGUCUUCAUUC